AUGUCGCCCACACACACCAUCCCGCUGCCAUCGCCCACCAACUCGUCUGUCUACUCGGGCUACUUCCAGCGAUCGCCGUCCCCUGAGCAACACAAGCGGCCGAUGGACAGUGACCGCUCAUCGACCUCCAGCUGGCGAUGGAACAACAAGGACAACUCUCGCUAA